AUGAAAUUGAACCCUACCUUGAUGCAACAGAUAUUUUGCAAAACUUGACAUGCAUGCGUUGAUUUUUAACAGAUUACAUGUAUUUGAAGCCCGUGGGAAUUUUGUGACCGAGGCCAAAGCAUAAAAAGACAAGCCACGACGAAUAAAUUCAUUGUUUUUAUAUGUGAAGACUUUACGAUUCCUGUACAGUUUUUAGUUUUUGGAAACGCAGGUCACCCGCACUGACAUAAAAUGACCUGAUCUGUCAAACACUGGAGAAGCAAUGAAUCACCAAAGUCAAUUAAAGAAUUCAAAAUACAGAAACUGGGUCAAAGGCGGGCUUGCCUUCAAGUAUCUGAAGCAAGGAAUAACAGGAUUCGCCGAAUGCCUUGUACAACAAGAACAUGAUAGAAUAUUUACUACCAUAGGGCAAGCCACACCGACCGGAGUUGCAUGUAACACUUGCACUCUGAGAACUUUAAAACCAAAGCACAACAGUGAAAAAGACCAAGACACUGGUAAAAAUUGGUGUCCAUGGGUACAGAAAAAUUGCAAUUGUUUACCAGGGAAGAAACAACUGCAUACAUGUCCAAAUGCUGUUUGCGAUGCCGUUUUUGAAGACAUAUUAAAUAACCAUGCUUCGUCACCACCAACACCGUCGUGGCAGAAUACCAAAAUUGAAAACUGGGGUAUAUCUCCAUGGGAGAUUGCUAAAUGCUUCAUCAAUGCACCUGGUUAUCAUGAUAAAAAUGAUGCUUGCGCUAUUGAUUCAGCUGGGCUACUACAUCUAUUCAUAAAUAACAAGAAAUUGCAGUCCCACUUGAAUUGUUCAGUUACCGGAAAAGAUGUAUUCACUAAGACUCGCGAUCGAAGAAAUUUGUUAUUCCACUCCCCAUCAAUGGAACUAGAGGAAAACAAGUUACACGAAUUGAUUGAUGAUAUUAUAGAAAUACUUGAGGACGACAGAGAACUAAAGGCAAGAGAUGAUGCACAGCAAGCUGUGACAAAUCUUAAAGAUCUAAAAAAUGAAGAUGUGCAUAUAACCACAAGAACUGAGGCUGAGGUUUGCAGAGAGGCAAUGGAAGCAAUUGUUAGCAAAACAAAAGAACUGGAAGAACUGGCAACUGAUCUUAAAUGUUUGAUAAAGGAUACGAAAACUGAUUAUGAUUCAAAACUAAAGACUCUUCAGGAAAAUGUGGCCAAACAACAAGCAAUCGAACAAAUUACUGUUGAUGAGACAAAACUUGAACCACGUGUCAGUGACGUUGAAUCACGUGUAGCUCAGAUUGAAAUAGACAUCACGGAUUUGCAAAUGCAACUAACGGAAGUUCACAAAGAUGUCAAGAAAUUUAAAGAUGUCUGCAGUGUUCGAGAGAAGCAGGUUGAGUACGUGAAAAAGAAACAAGUACUUCAAGAAAAGCUCAUCGCCCGAUACCGACAACAUUAUGUAAAAACAUCAAUUUCUCCGAUGAAAAGUAAAGAUAAUGACAUUGAUAUCAGUGACGUAUAUGUUCUUCCAAAAAUGGUAACAGAAGAAAAAGACAAAAGCACAAGAGAGUCAACAUCAAAAACAUUAUAUGAAGCAACGGAUUCGACGAAAUUUCAAUACAAUAAUCAGUAUCAAGAAGUUUUCUUUCACAAAGGACAAGAAAAGAAACGAAUCUUUAUAUUAGGUGAGGUUGGUUCAGGUAAAAGUGCAUUUUGUCAAAAGUUGAUUCAGGACUGGUGUGAUGCGCUUGAAACUGUAACGGAUAAUUAUGGCAUCGAUAAUUAUUCUACUCAGGUUAUUUAUGAUAGAAGAGCACCGAAGCAUUUUGACGGUCGCGAUGAGGUUUUAAGUGCAGAUGAAACCAGACGCGACAGCACUGAUGCUGGAAGUGACAAUUCGGGUGCUGAAAGUGACUAUUCUGAUGCUGACACUGACAGCAAUGAAAGUACGGAAGGAAUAGAAGAUCUUCAUUCAGCCCUUCUGAGGCAGUUUGAAUUCCUGUUUUAUAUACCUUUACGGCACAUGUCCGGUACUUUGGACGAAAUUAAUCAAAUGGUGGCUGUUGUAAUAAAAGGAAUAGCGGCAAGAGAAUUUGUGGAUGAAUUGUUCGAAAAAGAAUCGAGAAAUUGUCUAAUUAUUCUUGACGGACUAGAUGAGUGGACAUUCCCAGAUGAGACAGUGAGUGAGUUGGGUUUUACGGCGAAUCGACACAAAAUGGUCAUAUAUCGCCGAGAUGAGACAAGACCUCGUUCACCACAUAUUGCAAAAGGAAUGCCAGACACGGAUAAAGCUGAAAAUGCCACUAUCUUAACAAUGUCCAGACCUUAUGCUAGUGGAAUCAUGAACAUGAAGUCGUCUGAAUGCGAUCAUAAAAUACGUCUACUUGGAAUUGAUGCAAGCUCAGUCCAGAAUUUUAUUCACAGGUAUUUUGUUAACAGAGCGAACAAAAGCAUAUCUCCAGCUGACUUCCGAAAAACUUUGCGUGAGAGAAAACUCAGCCAUCUAGAGAAAACACCAAUGUUGCUGAAGCAGAUGCUUUGGAUGUAUUGCAAUGGGUAUGAAGUAGGGAAAUCUGCCUGCGAUUCUUAUAGUAGUAUCAUUAAUAUCAUGUUUGCCUGGUCUGAUGGAAAAGAUAAUGGAAACGAAAAGGAAGGACUAUAUGACAUUCAAAGGAAAUGCAAAGACUCUUUGGAAAAUCUGCAAUUGCCGCGGCUUCUUGAGAGAUAUCCGAGGUGUAAGGCAAAUAAACUAUUUAUUUUCCUCUUGAGUAAAAUUGCAUUUGACACUUCAUCUAGAAACAAAAAUACAAGCACUUUCGGUCGGUCAACACUUGAAGAAAUCGGCCUUAGAAAAGAGGAUAUUUCAAACACAAUCAAAUACGGACUUCUUGCAGAAGAAAAUUGUUUUGAUCCGGUUUACGAAGAAACACAGCUGUCAUUUACACAUAUUUCAUUUCAGGAAUAUUUCGCUGCUGUUUUCGUAUCUAGUCAACGCUUCCCUGCGCAGCAAACGGGAAUAUGUGCCAGAAAUCGCAAUCACAUUCUGGAUCAACUUUUUUUCAACAUGUAUUCUGCAACCGAUAUACUUCACCAUUCUAACGUAAUACAAAUGGCAGUCGGAUUAGCACCAGAACUGAUGACACAACUCUCGGAAUGUAUAUACGAUAUAGUAUUGAGGGACAAAAGUAUGAUAAGAUAUAGAGAACAGAUAAAGUAUCAUGAAGUAUACAUAGAUACUGAUACACCUCUUCAGAUUCAACAGCUAAUUGCAAGUUGCCUUUUCGAAUACAAAGCGUCAGGUUCAACAGAGAGGCAAAUUGCUAAACUGUGUGACGUUAGUAUCACAGGAAAUACUGAUUCGACCUUGUUGGAUAACAUUGACCCAGAAUCCAUAUGUUCAUUGUAUAUUUUCACUUUUCCUUUGACGGAACACACCAUGAAAUUAGUAUCAAGCAUGAAAAGUACACUUUUAAUCGCGGGAUGUAAAGAUCUGACGCACAGUCAUUGCGUGUCAUUGUUCUUGUCUUUGGUUUCGGCUUCAUUUCUACAAAAACUUGUUUUGUGGGAUAUCAGAUGUUGUUCAGCUAAAUGCAAUGGUCACACAUUCGAACUCCCUACACAUAACAACCUUCGUAGGAUAGAUUUACAAAAUUGUCAGAAUAUGCAUUUUUCUGAUAUGACGCUUCCAGCGCUUGAAUCGUUUUCUAUCAUUGGCUGUGUUCUUACCAACGAUCAAUGCAAACAGUUAUCAGAAGCAGUGUCAAGAGCAAAAUCGUUAAGACAAGUUGAGCUCAGGGAAGUCAAAUGCCUUGAAGAAACGGGUACUAGUUAUAGUAUUGACAUGUCAGGGCAUAACAAACUAGAGACUCUAACAUUUGAUUAUUGUGAGAAUAUGUAUGUCUCAGGAGUAGUACCCACUGUACUCAGUUCCGCGUCUGUCACAAGAUGUCACUUACCACACGAACAGUGUGAGACACUAACUGUGUCGCUUACAGAAGCAGUGGCCUUGACAAGGCUUAAACUUGAGAAUGUCAAAUGUGACAAAACUGACUGUUGUGGCCAUUAUGUUGACCUAUCUAAACACGACCAGCUGGUCACACUCGUGUUUAUAGAUGUAUUUGACAGUAUUGAGUUAUAGGGAGUAAGUACUUCUAACCUAGGACAGUUGAAAGUAUGGUCAACUACGUUAACGGAUAUAGACUUUAUCAGAGAUGCUCCGAAACUUAAAGAAGUUACAAUUUAUUUUUAUGGUACCAAAAAGCUAUAUACACAACAAGUCAAUGCAACAAUAAAGUCCUUACAGAAAUUACAGAAACUGACCUUAAAGUACGUCGAAAUCGAAAACGGUGCACUCGCACUAUCUGCAGAAAUGCAUAGUCUAAGAUAAAUCGAGCUAUGUGAGGUAACUAUGAGUUUAAAAUCAUGGCAAACUUUCCUUGACAGUCUUCUAAUCCUUCAGCAGAAUAUAAGUGUUAGUAUAAAGGAUCCCGGCAUGACGGAAGAAACGUCAACGUCUGCUGUAGGACAUCUGAAUUCUUAUCUGGAAAGAUUUAGCAGAAGGCUUAAAAUAGAAAACAAGGACGAAAAUGUACUGAGUUUCAUGUUGAAAUGAAACGUGAAGUCUGUACUCUCGGAAAAGUAGAAGUUAAGUUGUUUCCAGGUAUGUCUAAAUAUAUUGAUGUAUCAAUGAAAUGUGACAAAACUGUAGUGGAAAUGUGACACUUAUCAUCAGAAAAUUAGCGGUUAUUUGGCAAACCAAAAUAUUUUACUCGCAUUUGUGUGUUAACAUUUAACAAAUAAAACUGCAUUUUCGCAUCCGACGCCGUUGUCAAAACAUUCAAUAUGUUCUUUGAGUGUACCUAUUCCUGUUUGAGUUUUAUCAUUUGCUUUUUUUCACAUUUCACAUGCAAAACUAUCCAUCAGUCCUUUUAAUUUACUCACCGCCUCGGUAGCCUAGUGGUAGGGCGUCCGCUUUGAGUGCGGGAGGUCGUGGGUUCGAUCCCCGGCCGCGUCAUACCAAAGACGUAAAAAUGGUAUUAAUAGCUUCCUCGCUUGGCGCUCAGCAUUAAGAGGAUAGUGCUAGGACUGGUCAGCCCGGUGUCUGUAUAAUGUGACUGGGUGGGGUAUCAUGCCACGUCUCUACGGCGUGAUAUUCCAGUGAGGCAGCACUAUAAAGUUCACAGUAUUUCCUUUAUUUGUUUGUGAUAUUCCAGGGAGGCAGCACUAUAAAGUUGGGCAUUGUGCUCACUGCUACAAGUAGACACCGUCGUUUAUAUGACUAAAAAUGUUGAAAAAGACGUUAAAAACAAAGAAAAAUAUCAAACAGGGAAUGCCACGCACCAAAAGCGCAGCCUCCUCAAAACAAACCCCCCAGCACGCAAACGCGUGCACCACACAUACCCACACUCAAAGCCCACACACCAGGACAAAACGAACAACACACACACACACACACUCAAAGCCAACAUAUAAGGACAAGACGAACAAUAAGCAUACACACACGCGCGCACACAAAGUCAACACACAAGGACAAAACGAACAAACAAAGGAACACAGGGAGGCCAAAGUUAAACCCGAACACACACAUAUUUUAAUUUACUCAAAACUAUCCAUCCAUCGUAUUGGCCAAUAUUUAGCUUAUAUUAUAUUUAACAAUAUAUCACGCUACUUGGGUGCUAUUCAUUAUAUUGAUUAUCGGUAUCUUCCUUCAAUAGUUGAUAUUGUUUAUCCUCGAGAGCUCGAGUUAAUUAAUCUUUUAACUCUGUCAACUUUGGCAAAGGAUGCAGGUCAAUAGUGAGGUUUGGUGUCCGCCAUUGACCGAAUGUUGUUUUCCCACUGACCGUUCCCAGGCGGUGCUUCACAGUAUUCCUUUAUUUGUUUGUAUUAUCUUAUGGCUAAAAAAUAUUGUUUGUUUUCGGUAACAUGCUAAAAAUAUAGGGUAGGUAGGUCGGUAAUUAUUAUUAUUUUUUUAUUAUUAUUGAAUGAGACUUCGGAAAUUAUUUUUGUGUCAAAAAAUGAAUACAAAUAAGGGGGUUAUGCCUUGAGAGCAUCGUUGAUUUCUAACAUCACUGACCAUGAUUAAAGUAUAAAAAAGUGUAGUUUUGCAAGUUUUCGUUAAAAAGUUUAGAAAAAAAUUAUCCAAGGCCAUAAAAACAUUUAGGGUCGGAAUUAGGGUCAAGAGAAGUUGUGGAUGAAUUGUUUGAAAAAAAAAUGGAGAAUUUGCUGAAUUAUUCUUGACGGAUUAGAUGAGAGGGCAUCUCUAGAUGAGACAGAGGACCUCGUUCACAAAAAUGGAAUGUCAGACAGGAAUAAAGCUGAAAUGCCACAAACAAUGUACAGACCUUCUGCUAGAGGAAUCAUGUAGAUGAAAUUGUCUCAAUGCGAUCAUAAAAUACUCCUAUAUGGAACUGAUGAGAGCUCAGUCCAGAUAUUAUUUACAAGUAUUUUGUUUGCAGAGCUAACAAAAGCAUAUCUCCAACUGACUUCCAAAAAUCUCUAUGUAAGAGAAAAUUCCAAUGCUAUUGAAGGGUUUAUUUUGGAUUUAACACCGUUUUUUAACAGUAUUUCAGUUACGUAACGACGGGCAGUUGAGCUAACUAGUGUUCCCAGAUUCUGAGAUAUACGUGUAUUUCAUAAUUCUAAUGUCUUACAAAUGGCUGUGGAAUUAGCACCCGAACUGAUAACACAAUUAUCAGACUGUAUAUACGAUAUGUAGUAUUUAGGACCAAAAAACAAGAUACAGAGAACAGAUAAGGUAUCAUCAGGUAUAAGUAGAUACUGAUACACUUCUUCAGAUCCAACAGCUAAUUGUUUGUUUUGUUGUUGUUGGUGUUGUUGUUGUUGUUUUUCUUUUUUCUUUGUUUUGGUUUGUUGCUUUUUUUUCGAAUACAUGUACUAAACUUCUGGUCAACAUAAGUCCACACAGAAAUACAUCUAAAAGUUUUCUUUCCACUAACAUAGUAACCAAAAUAUUGUAUGGAAUAAAAUUAUUUUAGCAGCUUCAACAUGGGUUGAAUGGCGAUGUUGUUUGAAGCAAAAAUGGACAAAAAUGCAGGCAAAAGACCGGCAUUCAUCACUGGGCUCAGGUGAGCUAAAAAUGAGAGAACUAUUAUUGAAUAUCUGUUGAUUUAGAGCUCAUAUCAGAGUUGACUGAAGUAUGUUUGCUAAUAUUUUGUUAAGAAAGUGUUGGCAAACAGAAUUCGGUUAACUAUGAUAUCGGUUUUCUUGCUCAAUGUUAAACUAGGAUAUUUAUCACACAGAUAUUCCGGAUCUCUACGUUUUAUAUGUGUUACCUUCGUUCAUUAUAUACUGAUAUCACUUUACAAUUACAGUUUGCAUGUUUCAAUUUUUGUAUAUACAUUUGUUUAAUAAAAAUCGUUUAUUUCCUCUUGUUUCAAUAUUUGAUGAAUAUUUCAUUAAAUUAUUCUAUUUAAAGCUCCCGUAUAAUCCUAUGAUCCAUUGGAAGAGAUAGCUAGUUCAAACAUAAAUUUAUUGAUUUGUCAUUCAUGAAAUUGUGAAUUUAAACACGGUGGAUAAACUAUUAGGGUAGAGCAACAUUCGGGCUAGAUUCUUCCACGCGUUUAUACUACAUAUGAGCCGCGUCAUGAGAAAACCAACAUAGUGCAUUUGCGACCAGCAUGGAUCCAGACUAGCUUGCGCAUCCACGCAGCCUGGUCAGGAUCUAUGCUGUUUGCUAACGGUUUCUCUAAUUGCAAUAGGCUUUGAAAGCGAACAGCAUGUAUCCUGGCCAGACAGCGCGGACGCGAUAAUAAAGAAUUUGUCACGAUAUUUUAACUAUUGUCAUUUUUCCAUGUAAAUUAGUAAUAGUGACAAAUGCCAGUCUAUUUUAGAGAUUUUCGCAGAGAACUGAUAUUAACAUUAUUUUUUGAUAUUGGAUAUGGACUGGCUAUAUUCAUAAUUCUAAAAGUAAAAAUUGAAGAAAAAAAAUAGAUCAUAGUCUAGGAGCUAGUCUAUACAUUUGUAUACAUUAAGACUUAUAUAAUUUAAUUAUGCGAUGGAAUUUACAAAAACAUUGGAGUUUUCUGUAAAAACCAAAUGUGUGUGGUAAAGUUGAAUUUUUUGAACAUAAUGUUUUAAUAUUUAAUUUUUGGCAAAAAUAUUCCGGAUCUCUACAUUUUAUAUGUGUUACCUUCGUUCAUUAUAUACUGAUAUCACUUUACAAUUACAGUUUGCAUGUUUCAAUUUUUGUAUAUACAUUUGUUUAAUAAAAAUCAUUUAUUUCCUCUUGUUUCAAUAUUUGAUGAAUAUUUCAUUAAAUUAUUCUAUUUAAAGCUCCCGUAUAAUCCUAUGCUCCAUUGGAAGAGAUAGCUAGUUCAAACAUAAAUUUAUUGAUUUGUCAUUCAUGAAGUUGUGAAUUUAAACACGGUGGAUAAACUAUUAGGGUAGAGCAACAUUCGGGCUAGAUUCUUCCACGCGUUUAUACUACAUAUGAGCCGCGUCAUGAGAAAACCAACAUAGUGCAUUUGCGACCAGCACGGAUCCAGACUAGCUUGCGCAUCCACGCAGCCUGGUCAGGAUCUAUGCUGUUUGCUAACGGUUUCUCUAAUUGCAAUAGGCUUUGAAAGCGAACAGCAUGUAUCCUGACCAGACAGCGCGGACGCGAUAAUAAUGAAUUUGUCACGAUAUUUUAACUUUUGUCAUUUUUUCCAUGUAAAUUAGUAAUAGUGACAAAUGCCAGUCUAUUUUAGAGGUUUUCGCAGAGAACUGAUAGUAACAUUAUUAUAUGAUAUUGGAUAUAGACUGGCUAUAUUCAUAAUUCUAAAAGUAAAAAUUGAAGAAAAAAAAAUAGAUCAUAGUCUAGGAUCUAGUCUAUACAUCUAUAUACAUUAAGACUUAUAUAAUUUAAUUAUGCGAUGGAAUUUACAAAAACAUUGGAGUUUUCUGUAAAAACCAAAUGUGUGUGGUAAAGUUGGAUUUUUUGAACAUAAUGUUUUAAUAUUUACUUUUUGGCAAAAUUUAAAACUUCCUUUGUUCUUUUUAUUAAUUAAGUUGAUUUGUCAUCUUUACCAGUAGUUUUGGCAUGUUUCUAACUUGUAUAUUUAGAUGUUCUAUGUUAAUAUAGAAAGUUAAGUAAAGAUUUGGAUGGUUUUCA